GAGCAGUCAAUGUUUGACCAAAAAAAAAAAAGAGUAGAGAGAGAGAGAGAACGAGGUUGGCAUGAUUAGCGAAAGAGAGAGAGAGAGAAGCAAAGAUUCCCCCCCUCCUGGUUUGGUUGCGUUGUGGAGAGAGAGAGAGGACGGCAGAUUUUUCCCGAUUUGAAGAAUCGCUGUGUGUUCUGCUCGUCACGGUGGAGGAGAAGAGGAAGACCAGAUGCGAAUUUUGAAUAUCUGAAUCUGUUUAAUUCGUUUUUCUUUUUCAUCUCUCCUCUUUCUCUCUCCACAUGAAAUGAAGCUGUGGUGGUUGUGAAAGAUUUUAUAUUUGUUGGGAGAUUUAGGGUUUGGGGUUGUAAUUUACCGAAGAUGAACGUGAUGCGUCGUCUUAAGAGCAUUGCUUCGGGUCGGACCUCCAUUUCUUCGGAUCCUGGUGUGGACUCUAUUCUUAAGAGAGCCAAGCUGGAUCAAGACAGCGACAACGCAUCUUCUGGUGGUGGUGAUGAUCCGAUGCAGGUUGACCAAAACAGUGUUUCUCAAUCUACAGACAUGGUGGUGUGUGUUGCCGGAACGUCCUCCAAUGCGCCUCCUCCUGCUCUGACAACAGUUGAUGAUCAGCUGAACCAAAUGAGAUUAAGAGAGGAACCAAAUGCCAACCGCCACGAGGACAAAGACAUGGAACCACCUAUUGUAAAUGGCUGUGGCACUGAAACGGGCCAAGUUAUUACUACCACCAUCGGAGGUCGAGACGGAAAGCCUAAGCAGACAAUCUCAUACAUGGCCCAGAGAGUAGUUGGAACUGGCUCAUUCGGAGUUGUCUUCCAGGCCAAGUGUCUGGAAACGGGUGAACAAGUUGCAAUUAAGAAGGUUCUGCAGGAUAAAAGAUACAAGAACAGAGAACUUCAGAUUAUGCGCUUGCAAGACCAUCCCAAUGUUGUGCGUCUGAGGCAUUCUUUCUUUUCUACAACUGACAAGGAUGAGCUCUAUCUUAACCUUGUCCUUGAGUUUGUUCCCGAGACUGUAUACCGAGCAUUAAAGCACUAUACCAAAAUGAAUCAGCAUAUGCCUGUUAUCUUAGUUCAGCUCUACACCUAUCAGAUCUGCCGUGCGCUCAACUACCUACAUCGUGUGGUUGGGGUGUGUCAUCGUGACAUAAAGCCACAAAAUCUACUGGUCAAUUCCCAAACCCAUCAAUUAAAAAUAUGUGAUUUUGGAAGCGCAAAGAUGUUGGUGCCAGGUGAACCUAACAUAUCCUAUAUAUGCUCCCGGUACUACAGGGCCCCUGAACUUAUAUUCGGGGCAACAGAGUAUACCAAUGCCAUUGACAUGUGGUCUGGUGGUUGUGUUAUGGCAGAGCUUUUACUCGGCCAACCACUGUUUCCGGGGGAAAGUGGCAUUGAUCAGCUGGUGGAGAUUAUCAAGAUUCUUGGUACGCCGACGAGAGAGGAAAUACGGUGUAUGAAUCCCAAUUACACAGAGUUCAAGUUUCCUCAAAUAAAAGCUCACCCGUGGCACAAGGUUUGUAGGCUAAUCGUAGGUGAAUGUAUGUACAUGGUGAAAAUGAUAUCUAAUGUAGCACAAAAAAUUGUGCAGAUUUUCCACAAGCGAAUGCCACCUGAAGCAGUAGACCUCGUCUCAAGACUCCUCCAGUAUUCACCAAACCUUCGUUGCACUGCAUUGGAAGCUUGUGCACACCCUUUCUUCGAUGACUUGCGGGACCCGAAUGUAUCACUGCCAAAUGGAAGAGUACUGCCUCCAUUGUUUAACUUCACUCCCCAAGAACUAGCGGGAGCAUCAACAGAGCUGCGACAGCGUCUAAUUCCAGCGCAUUGUCAGGGAACGGGAAGUAGCUCUUAG